AUGGAUUUGAUCGGCAGGUCCAUACCUGGCACAAUUGUGUCGACCGAGGGUACGCCUCCUGUGUCCGUAACCGCAACUGAUUCGGACGGCAAGAUGGCUGGGUCAGGGUUCAUGACCUUCGCAAAGACUAUCCUCUUACCGAUGUUCAUAUCCGCCAUCCUCUAUCUCUUGAUUUUCCACGCCCUAUUACCAUUAUAUCGCCGACACCGGGCCCGCUACUCACAAUACCUUCCCCUACAAUCCACCUCUCUGUCUUCCCAUCUCCCUGAAUCUCUUCAGCCUUCAUCAUUACGAGAUCGCCUCUCGACUCUAAUCCUACGCCUCUUCCUCCCCUCGACGUGGGCAUUCCGCAAUCGCUAUAUCCGCCGUAAUAGUGUCGUCAGCGCCGAUGGGGAGCUCUUUGAUGAAGAAUCUGGGGAAGCUAUGGUUGGCUUCGACGUUCAGGACCGAACCCGACGGCGAGAUGGCAUGGAACGACAAGUUUCGAAUAUGAAUGCUGCAAGCAGGACUGUGAGUGGUGUUGAGGAUGCUGGGUCCGACUCUAACCGUCGGCUGAGUCGUGAAUUGGAGGAAGGAUUUCGUGACGACAGUGAGGACGAAGGAGACGAGCAUGAAGUUGUGGCGGGAAGACGAAGCUUGAGUGCUCAGAGAUGA